AUGCAUAAUUCCCUACGUUUUCUAUUUCAAUUUUCAGAUAAUGCGCAUAUUCCACAGCCUAAACUUGAACUCGUAAAGAAUGAAUGUCAUCAUCGAAAAUGUGGUUAUGAAACGUAUAACACGGACAGUGUGGCUAAAAAAUAUAUUUGUCCGAUAUGCGAACUAGUCCUACGAUCACCGGUUCAACUGAUAAGUUGCGGUCAUCGAUUAUGUAAAGAAAGCAUUGUUUUUCAAGUUGAAACGACAUGUCCCGUAUGUUCUGAGACAACACCAAAUGAUAAGAUAAUGCUUGAUAAAGGGUUUCAAAGAGAAAUGAUGGAAUUAAUUGUUAUCUGUAAAGAGAAAGAUAAUGGAUGCAACUGGAAUGGCGCAUUAAAAGGCUAUCAAGAUCAUCUGGAUAAGAAGCAUAUAACAAUUCAUAAUUGCGAACAUUGCAAUGAAAACUUCUCAACUAAAUAUGAGCUAGAUGACCAUCAACAAAAGUCAUGUACAAAAAUACUGAUAUCAUGUCAAUUAGCCGAACAUGGUUGUUCAAAAAAAAGAUUUCUACAAUCUGAUCUUGGUGCACACUAUUUAACUGAACUACAUCAAACAUGUUUACAAUCUGUUCUUGUGAAAAUCAUGGAACUGAUUCAAUCGCGUUUUAACGGAACUGAUAUGGCUGUCAGAAAUAGUGCUUCUGAACUGUUUAAUCUAACAUCAUUAAUGUCAACUGCGGACACUACUUCCGUAUCGACAAAUUCAGCCAUAAACUAUUUUUACUCUCAACUUCAACAACUGUACGAGACAUUGACAACGGUAACAAAAAAUUUUCAACCCUUAAACGAAGAUUCAAUUCGUUUAAGUACUGAAUCGUUACGUCGACAAAAUUUAUUACAAGCAUGUCAAAACGAAAUAAAUUUAAUUAAACAAUCAAAAGCUGAAAUAGACUCAUAUAUUGUGGGUCUUGGACCGAAUCACGAAAUAUUACAACACGAAUUAGACAGUGUAAAACAAAAAGUGGAAGAUUUACAAUAUAUCAGCUACGAUGGAACUUUUACAUGGAAAAUUUCUAAUGUUGCAGAGAAUAUGGGUGAUGCGCAAUCGGAACGACAAACAUCCAUUUAUUCACCGGCAUUCUACUCGUCUCCAACUGGGUACAAGAUGUGUAUUCGCCUUUAUUUACACGGAGAUGGAAAUGCUCGUAGAACGCAUAUGUCUCUUUUUUUUCUUAUAAUGCGCGGUCCAUUCGAUGCGAUUUUGAAAUGGCCUUUUAAUUUUAAAGUGACAUUUUGUCUCUAUGAUCAAUCUGGACAACAACGACAUAUUAUUGAUUCAUUCAGACCCGAUACAAAAUCAAACAGUUUUCAACGACCUAGAAGCGAAAUGAAUAUUGCCUCGGGAAUUCCACAAUUUUUUCCAUUACCGAUGAUUUUACAAGAUGAUAAUAACUAUAUCAAAGACGAUACUAUGUACAUUAAAUGUUUAAUUGAUUUUGGUGAUAUAUCAAAGAUAAUUCUUCCGUUUGCGCUCAGUUUAAAUCCUGCGUUACCUCAUCAUGUUCAACGUCAUAUGAUACGAGUAAAAGAAAGACCAUUACAAAAGAAAGAAGAUUGCAAUCCUACAAGAUCUCGAGAUUUCUUGCUACAAGGUCUUGAAGCAACUUAUCAUCAGGUUCUGCAAGAUCGUGUUACAAGAAAUUAUGAGAUCUUAUUUGAUUUUGUUCUAGGAUUCUUGGAAUCGAUGCGGAGCACUUUAUUGGGUGAUUUGAAUAUGUUAUCAACAGAUAGAGAUGAUAGUCGAUGGUGUACAGCUCGGGCUUACCUCUUUUUAUGGUGUCAAACAUCAAUCUAUUACUCACUUUCUCUACAAGCAUUCUAUCGUUUAUGGCGUGUUGUAUUUCACAAGGUGAGAAAAUUUCAACUCUAUACUGAAUGGAUCGGACUGUGCUUGAUACAAUGAUUUACUAAUUACAUUCUUAAUCUACCUAUUCUUUUUUUGAACUAUAUUGCCUAUUCACCAAACGAACAUUAUUGUAUAGGGCUAGAGACCUGCAGUUUUCACCAUUGAAAAGACAAGACCUGCGGCUAUCUAUGGGUGUCGAAAUCUGAUUGAUCAGUUCGUAAUCAAUCAGGUAAAUUCUUUGCGGAAAUUUUCAAAAAUAUACUCUGAAGUCUUUUUCCAUUGGAUCUUUUGACUUGGAAUAUGACCAAACGAUAGGAAAGCGUUUUCUCGUUCGAUGAAGAGAAGUUCCGACUUUCGGACAUGUUUUGUUCAGAGGUUACAAGUGUUUUCCCGAGAACGCCGAUUUCAGCAAAUUGACUUUGGAAGAUUAUAAAAGACCUGAAGAUAGGAGUAAUUCAUCAUGCUGAGUGGAAUGAUGAUGCUUGUUUUCAGUUCCAAAGCAACUUGGGACCACUU